GUUGUGCGUGCUGCGGCUCUUGUCACUCAUUCGCUGUGCUGCUCGGAGCGCAUUCUGUGUCAACGGCUGAGGACCAAUUCAUGAUAUCACAGCAACCUGAAACAGGGACAAAGCAUCGUAGUCAUUUAGAUAAUAACUGAACCAACUCUCUCUACCUAUUCUACACGGAGCAUACCUUUGGAAGCGAUUGCAAUGCUUCAGAUAAGGGAUCUCAUUUGGACAUUUCUUUUCCUUGGUUAUGCAGCUGCCUUGCAAGUGGAAAUCACUCCGGCCCAGGGAGAGAUCAGUGUGGGAGAGUCCAAAUUCUUUUUGUGUGAAGUUGUUGGAGAUGCUAAAGAAAUAGACUGGUUUUCACCCAAUGGGGAGAAGCUCCAGCCAGGCAGACCAGACAUCAGCGUCAGCAAGAAUGACGAGUCCUCGUCGACACUCACAAUCUACAAUGCCAACGUCGACCAUGCAGGCAUGUACAAGUGUGUGGCUAAAAGCGGGGACAAGGAAUCUCAGGGCACUGUCAUCGUAAAAAUAUUCCAGAAACUGACUUUCCAAAAUGCUCCAUCGCCUCAAGAGUUCAACGAGGGGGAUGACGCUGACAUCAUCUGUGACGUCAUCAGCUCGCCGCCCCCAACCAUCAUCUGGAAGUUUAAAAAGAUCAGAAUCCAGCCUGAGACUGAUGUCCGUUUCAAGGUCUUAAGCAACAACCACCUCCAGAUCCGCGGCAUCAAAAAGACAGAUGAGGGUGACUACACCUGUGAGGGCCGUAUCAUGGCCCGGGGAGAAAUCGACCUCAGGGUCAUCAAGGUCAUUGUCAAUGUUCUGCCAAGUAUCAGGACCCGCUACACUGAGCUUAAUGCCACUGCAGACAUCAACCAGGCCGUGACGUUGGCCUGUUACGCAGAUGGCUACCCAGAACCCACGGUCACGUGGGCACGAGCUAAUAUCGUGCUGGAAUCAGAUGGAAAGUACAGUCUGAAUGAAGAUGGGUCGGAGUUGACCAUCAAAGACGUCACUAAGCUUGAUGAAGGAGAUUAUCAGUGCAUCGCUACAAACAAGGCCGGAGAGAGGAGCGAGGAAGUCUCACUCAAUGUGUUUGUACAACCCAAGAUCACAUUCCUAGAAAAUCAGACAGCGUCUGAAUUGGAGGAGCAGAUCACACUAACUUGCGAGGCCACAGGUGACCCCACCCCCAACAUCAUCUGGAGCUUCGGUCGCCGGGUCUUCACCGAGAAUGAGCAGGCUUCAUGGACUCGACCUGAGAAACACAAGAGUCUGGAUGGUAACGUGAUCGUGCGCAGCGAUGCCCGUGUGUCCUCUCUGACUCUGAAAUACGUGCAGUUCACCGAUGCCGGCCAAUACCUCUGCACUGCCCGCAACUCCAUUGGUCAGGACAUCCAGAGCAUGUACCUGGAAGUGCGCUAUGCUCCAAAGAUCCAAGGCCCUGCGGCGGUGUUCACCUGGGAGGGUAAUCCGGCUAACAUCACCUGCGAGGCCCUAGCUCACCCGGGCGCCUCCGUUUCGUGGUUCCGUGACGGCCAGCUGUUGCCUAGCGCUAAUACCACCAACGUCAAGAUCUACAACACUCCUGCUGCCAGCUUCCUGGAGGUCACUCCGGAGUCCCAGAACGACUUUGGCAGUUACAACUGUACGGCAACAAAUGUCAUCGGCACAGAGUCAAAGGAAUUCAUUUUGGUUCAAGCAGAUGUGCCUUCGGCCCCCUCUAUCGAGCGUGUGGAGCCGUAUUCCAGCACAGCAAUGGUGGAGUUUGAUGAGCCUGCCUCCAGUGGAGGAGUGCCUAUCCUCAAGUACAAGGCUGAAUGGAGGAUAGCAGGCCAAGACUGGACUGACAGAGAGUAUGAAGUUGAGGAUGGUCUCAACUUGAUCACCAUUGUUGGGCUGAAGCCAGAGACCACGUAUCAGGUCAAGAUAUCAGCCAUCAACGGCAAGGGUGAAGGAGAGAGCAGCCCCCCUGAGAGCUUUAAAACCCAACCUGUCCGGGAACCUAAUCCUCCUAAACUGGAGGCUAAGCCACUGUCCACAGGCAACGAGAUGAAGGUCCACUGGAUCAAGCAGGACGAUGGGGGCUCUCCCAUCAAACACUAUCUAGUGCGCUACAGAGCUAAGAAUCGCCAGGAAUGGAAGCCGGAGAUCCGCCUGCCCAACGGCAGCGAGUACGUUGUUCUGCGAGGUCUGGACUGGAACACAGAUUAUGAGGUCUACGUCAUUGCCGAAAACCAGCGAGGACGAUCUGAACCCGGCAAACUCUCAUUCAGGACCUUGCCAGAACCCACCGCCAUCCCAGAACAAAGUAAGUCACACACAGGUUUGAAACGACAUGAAGAAACCAGCUCAGGUUUGAGCACCGGGGCUAUCGUGGGCAUCCUCAUCGUGGUCUUCAUCCUGCUCCUCUUCGGCGUGGACGUCACAUGCUACUUUCUCAACAAGUGUGGGCUUCUCAUGUGCAUUGCCGUCAACUUCUGCGGCAAGUCUGGGCCCUCUGCCAAAGGGAAGGAUAUCGAGGAGGGAAAAGCCGCUUUCACUAAGGAUGAAUCUAAGGAGCCCAUUGUGGAGGUAAGGACUGAGGAGGAACACACACCAAACCAUGAAGGAGGAGGACCCACCGAACCCAAUGAGACCACCCCUCUGACCGACCCUGAGCACGCUGCUGACACCACAGCAACAGUAGUGGACUUGCUUCCCUCUGUAACCACUAACUCAGACCCCGGCACUGACAGUCCUGCUAGCGAUAGCACCACCCUUACCUCAAGCACCGCCCCUGCGGCCGACCCUAAAACGGCCCCUAAAGUUACCCCCCAAUCCAGCACCCCCAAACCUAGCGUCACCUCUCCCACCUCCCCACAAGCUGCUCCUGCAGCCGUGGCCCCUCUGGUGGACCUGAGCGAUACGCCCUCCAACCAGACCUCAAAGUCCUUAGAUGCCCCUCAGCCGUCUGAUUCAACCCUUGCAGAUCUGGCCAAAGCCGAUGGCCAGAGCCCGGCUGAGCCGGCCAAUCCCCCCCAAAGUAAGGACUCUCAGGUACAGGGAGGAGCCCACCAGACCACAGAUAGUGACCUUGCCAAGGAUGCGCUGGCCAAGCCCUCCAGUGACUCCUCCAGCGCACCGUCCGCACCCAAGCAGAACGAUGGUAAAAUCGUUGUAGAUGACAAAAGUAAAGUGCCGGAGACGGAGGUAAACAAAACCCCGGCGGAGGUGAAGACAGUCCCUAAUGAAGCCCCCCAGACGAACGGCAACGAGAGCAAAGCAUGAUCCGGAAUCGGCGAGCGCACGACAGUCGCAGACAGACAGCACCACACCACCACCAUCACAUCUCAAACACAAGGGUUUCUUUCUUCAGUGUCUUUGAGUUCGCAGAACAAAACACGUCUGUAGAUGUAUAGAGCACCUAAAGAGCUCGCGCACAUGCCUUUUAUUUUGUACUUUUCGAUUGUUUUUACUUUCAUCAACGCAAGAAGGAAAGAUUCUUUACCUCUAGCGCAGUCUCCUUGACCUCUGUAAGAUCAGUGUCUUUCAAAUACACUCAAUGUCUUUCGAGGAAGUUGAAAUUCAGUAGAUUUCGCCUUCACACAUUCAGCCCACAGUGCCGUUUCAAUUAUGUCCCGUUUUAUUACAUGCAGUAUUGCCAUUAUUAUUUUUGGGGAACAUUUUUUAUGUUUUAUUUGUGUUUAAAUAAUGUACAAAAGCAACCGCCUUUUUUGAGUUAGCGAUAGAUUUUUAGCAUGCUUGCUUUGCAGAAUUCUUUUUCUGUCUAAUUUUUGUUUUUGUUUUAUCCCAGCCCUAAGUGUUUACAGCAUUUUACAAUGAUAUCCCUCAUUAACACGCCGUUUGCUCCCUCUUGCAAACCCGACACAAACGAUCACGCAGGGUAGAGGUCUGAACUAGCGAUUAGGGUUAUACUAUACAAAACACCACUACUACUUUUUCCCCUUUUAUAUGUUCUUUCAUAUUACAACACAUCCCAUUUCCCUUGAACCUUAAGAGUUUCUUCUUUACUUCAGUUCUUUAACAGAAGAUUUGGAGAGUCAAAGAGGUCUCCCGCUGUGAUCCUCGCUUAAAAACAUCCCGCAAAUCCUUAAAAAAAACAACAACCUGGAGCUCUUAGAUAUGGAUCGGACGGCUCCUUGAGAGAAUACAGUACAAGCAUCGCUGUUGCACUCGUGGCCUAACAAAAACGCUCGUGGGACGUCCCAUAUGAUGUCUGCCUGUUGCUCCAUUGGCCUUUGCCCAUAUAAUUGAUAGAUGUUGCAUUAAAAUGAAGCCCUACCCCUUUGAUACUGAUACAAAUGCAAAUGUUUGUCGGUUUUAAUGUCUUGAACGGCCAAAUUAUUGUUUUACUUUUUAUUUAAGCCAUAGUACACCGGUGUGGAUCGUAGCAUAAAGAAUAUUCAGCCUGACUUUUUUUUUGUACAGUGUUUCUCAUUCUUUAGGCUGCAAGCUUGUGCACUGUGAAUGCGUGAAAAUCCUAGUGUGAAUACAGUGUGUUCUUUGUACUAGAAUAAAAAAAAAGAAGAGUUUCCAUAGGUUGUGAAAGCCGUAGCUGUUAGUUUAAACAAUGUUCAUCAUGAGAAGAAUAAAAAAAAAGUAAAAAAAAAAAUUAAAAAAAAUGACAGCAGCAGAAGUGAAAUACAGUCAACAAAAGGAGUUGGUGCCUUCAAUAUAACCAUCCUCUCGUAUGCAGGCCAGCUGCGCUACUGUCUCUGUGACAACAUACCCCGACGCUGUCAGAUGGUCCAGAUCUGUAAACUGUGAAAAUAAUAGUUUUGUUUCUUGAUCAAAUGUGUCGUCACUUGGUCUUUUGGGUCUGAGGGUGUAAAUGGAUCGUGGUUUUCUUAAAACUUGAGUUCUCAAAAUCUCGACAACAUGCCUCUAUUUAACUGAUGCAAAAUAAGACGUAUAUAUAUAUAUAUAUAUAUAUACAUAUAUAAAUAUAAAUAUAUUCACACAGAAAACUGUCUCGAUGCGUUUGGUCUCAUAGGCGCCUGAGGGUUGCCUGCUCACCGGCCAUUUAAUUACAAAAUCGCUUGUUCAUCCCGUUUGGUCAAAUGCCUUGUCAGUGACAUCUAUUUUUAAACCUGAAAUAAGCAUGCGAUGUAUUCUAAACUAGAUGUCAUUGGUGUUAAGGUUACGAAUUGAAUUGCUAAAUAACUGAAAAUGUCAAAGGCUUGUACAUUUAUCUGAAUGUCAGUGAACUUUUGUCAUUCAUACGUUCACUGUUGUCACUUUUGCUUUUACAAGGCAAACAUGAAGUGCUUUCAUGGAGGUAACUUUCAUUAUUAAGUCUUUAAACGUUAUGCUACUUGAAUGUACGUUUGUGUUCCAUUAAGCAUUUGAAAUGUAGUAAUAUUAAUAAUGAAAGUUAUUUUUUAAAGUGUUUCCAGCAGGAUUCGGAUCUAAUAAGCAUCUGAGAGGCUUGUAGAAACUGUACCGGGAGGCAUACAAGCUCUUGUGAUCUCUCUGAAAUACAAGCUUUUGAUUCAUACUGCCAUUUAAUGUGGGACCAAUUUGUUUGUACACAGUUUAUCGCCGCAACCGUGCCAUCAUGCCACUUUAAAGACAAAAGUCUGUUCAAACGAUUCUUUCCGAAGCAUAAAAACAUCGUCAUCUGAGCAGAUUAAGCCUGUUUGGGGUUUAAUGGUUUCUCUCAUCAUUUCAUUCUCAUCUCAGACCUUUAUAAGACAUCUGUCACUUCAUACCAUACUGAGAGGCCCUUCUCACAGCUGUAUACAGAUUUUUACAAAUCAAAUGUCACCC